UUCUUUAAGAAAAAAGAUGGACGGAGCUCCUGAAGGGGGCGGAGGCCUUCGCUGCACGCUGGAGUUUGCCGUCCAGAUGACUUGUCAAAACUGUGUAGAGGCAGUUCAGAAAACACUGCAAAAUGCACCAGGCCUUCGCAUAGUCGACAUCCAGCUGGAUUCGCAGACUGUGUUGGUAGAGACAAGUCUUGGCACUGAGGAAGUCCAGACCCUUUUAGAAAGUACAGGCCGUAAAGCCGUGCUGAAAGGAAUGGGAGGUAACGUUCCAGGAUUGCUGGGCAGUGCCGCCGUGGCCAUGGUGUCAGGCCGCGGACUGAUCCAAGGCGUGGUGAGGUUCCUGCAAGUCUCGCCCGAAAAGUGUCUCGUGGAUGGCACAGUGGAUGGCCUUCAGCCGGGGUUACACGGGCUACACGUCCAUGAGUUUGGAGACCUGAGCCGCUCUGGUGACAGUUGCGGAUAUCAUUUCAAUCCUCAUGGGGAAUGCCACGGAGGCCCCCAGGAUCGGCACAGGCAUGCGGGUGAUCUCGGGAACAUCUUGGCCACUGCCGACGGAAGAGCAUCCUUCCGGAUGGAGGAUCAUCAACUGAAGGUGGAUGAUAUAAUCGGCCGUUCCUUGGUGAUAGAUGAAAGAGAGGAUGAUUUGGGUCGCGGGAAUCACCCACUGUCAAAAAUCUCUGGAAAUUCGGGGGAGAGAAUAGCCUGCGGGAUCAUUGCUCGCUCAGCCGGCCUCUUCCAGAAUCCCAAGAAGAUAUGUACUUGCAGCGGGGUGACCCUUUGGGAAGAACGGGAAAGAUCGGCAACCAGGCAAGGCCAGGCCGCUCCCGAACAACCGAA